AUGUUUAUUUUGUGUUUAUUAGUGGUAUUGCUGUACACCGCAAAUGGAUUUCGAACACAAAGUGCUGGUGUAAGGGGAACUCUGAUGUGCGGUGAUUUACCUUUAGCAAAUACAAAAGUAAAAUUAUGGGAUGAGGAUGCAACAGACGUUGAUGAUUUACUACAAGAAGGAAGAACAAAUUCUCAUGGCUAUUUUGAAUUAAGUGGCUCUACCAGUGAAAUUACCACUAUCGAUCCCAUUCUCAAAAUAUAUCACGAUUGCGAUGACAGAAUAAUGGAAGGCUAA